UUUCAUUUUUUUCCCUCUCCUCCACUUUUCAGUGAACUUUUUUCCCCCCGCUUUUGACUUUUUUUUUUUUUUUUUUUUUUCCCCCGCGAGAAUGUACAGCAUGAUGGAGACCGAGCUCAAGUCCCCUCUCCCGCCGCAGCCCAACUCGGGCCCCGGGGGCCCGGGCUCCAAGGGCGGCGGCGUGAGCGACCAGGAGCGCGUCAAGCGGCCCAUGAACGCCUUCAUGGUGUGGUCCCGCGGCCAGCGGCGCAAGAUGGCGCAGGAGAACCCCAAGAUGCACAACUCGGAGAUCAGCAAGCGGCUGGGCGCCGACUGGAAGCUGCUGACGGACGCCGAGAAGCGGCCCUUCAUCGACGAGGCCAAGCGGCUGCGCGCCAUGCACAUGAAGGAGCACCCGGACUACAAGUACCGCCCGCGCCGGAAGACCAAGACCUUGCUGAAGAAGGACAAGUACUCGCUGCCGGGCGGGCUGCUGGCCCCCGGCGGCAACGCGGGGCCCAACCCGGUGCAGGUGGGCCAGAGGAUGGACAGCUACGCGCACAUGAACGGCUGGAGCAACUACUCGCUGAUGCAGGAGCAGCUGGCCUACCCGCAGCAUCACGGCAUGAGCGGCCCGCAGAUCCAGCAGAUGCACCGCUACGAGAUGGCCGGCCUCCAGUACCCCAUGAUGUCCACGGCGCAGACCUACAUGAACGCGGCCUCCACGUACAGCAUGUCCCCGGCGGCGUACACGCAGCAGGCCGUCGCCGUCAGCGCCGCGGGCGGUGGAGGCGCAGGGGCGGGCGGCGGCGGCGGUGGUGGUGGCCCCGGGCACAUUAUGGGCCUGGGCUCCAUGUGCAAGACCGAGCCCAGCUCGCCGCCGCCCGCCAUCACGUCGCACUGCCAGCGGGCCAGCCUGGGGGACCUGAGGGACAUGAUCAGCAUGUACCUGCCCCCCGGCGGGGACAGCGCGGAGCACUCGGCCCUGCAAGGGAGCCGGUUACACAGCGUGCACCCGCACUACCAGAGCGCGGGGACGGGCGUCAACGGGACCCUACCUCUCACCCACAUCUAAAAAAAAAAAAACUUUUCAAAAUAAAAGAAAAAAAAAAAAAAGUACUUGGAUACUUGAACUUGGUUGCUUGUAAAGAAUUCCCACAAUAUCGCAAUAUGUCUUUCUCCUUUGCUCGGGACUGAAGACUGAAGUUCGAGUCCGGCAGAGUAAAUUAAAAAAAAAUGCAAUUGUGUUAUUGUGAAGAUGAGUUGAAGCAAUCAAAUUGGACUCCUGCAUAUUAAAUAUUGCCAUGUUCUCCUCUGUUGUGAAAAAGGGCAAGAGGCUGUUUAUUUCACAAGUCACGUUUACACUUCAUUUGUGUAAAGGCGAAGGGUAAAAUUGGACUCCUACAUAUUUAAAUAUUGCCAUGUUCUCCUCUGUUGUGAAAAGGGACAAGAGGCUGUUUAUUUCACAAGUCACGUUUACACUUCAUUUGUGUAAGGCGAAAGGUAAAAUUGGACUCCUGCAUAUUAAAUAUUGCCAUGUUCUCCUCUGUUGUGAAAAAGGGGCAAGAGGCUGUUUAUUUCACAAGUCACGUUUACACUUCAUUUGUGUAAAGGCGAAGGGUAAAAUUGGACUCCUACAUAUUUAAAUAUUGCCAUGUUCUCCUCUGUUGUGAAAAAGGGCAAGAGGCUGUUUAUUUCACAAGUCACGUUUACACUUCAUUUGUGUAAAGGCGAAGGGUAAAUUACAUAUUAAAUAUUGCCAUGUUCUCCUCUGUUGUGAAAAAGGGGCAAGAGGCUGUUUAUUUCACAAGUCACGUUUA